AUGACGGUGGUGGCGCCGAAGGUCGAGAAGGAGGAGGAGCAGGUGGUGAACCCGUGGGAGGUGUCGGCCGGUAAGGGCGGCAUCGACUACGACAAGCUUGUCGACCAGUUCGGCUGCCAGCGCCUGGACGCAGCGACCAUCGACCGCGUCGCACGCCUCACUGGCCGCCCCCCGCAUCGCUUCCUCCGCCGCGGUCUCUUCUUCGCCCACCGGGAUUUCAACGAGAUCCUUGACCUGUACGAGAAAGGCGAGAAGUUCUACCUAUACACGGGGAGGGGCCCCUCGUCGGAGGCCCUGCACCUUGGCCACCUCGUCCCCUUCAUGUUCACCAAAUAUUUGCAGGAUGCUUUUAAGGUGCCACUGGUAAUACAGCUCACUGAUGAUGAGAAGUUCCUGUGGAAGAAUUUGACUGUUAACGAAAGCAAAAGGCUUGCACGUGAAAAUGCAAAAGACAUCAUAGCAUGUGGCUUUGAUGUUGAAAAGACUUUCAUUUUCUCUGAUUUUAAUUUUGUUGGAGGUGCCUUUUAUGAAAACAUGGUUAAAGUUGCCAGAUGUGUGACAUAUAAUAAGGUUGUAGGAAUAUUUGGAUUCAGUCAAGAGGAUCACAUAGGAAAGAUUAGCUUUCCUCCUGUGCAAGCAGUUCCGUCAUUCCCUUCUUCAUUUCCCCAUCUCUUCUCUGGCAUGGAACAACUACGUUGCCUGAUCCCAUGUGCAAUAGACCAGGAUCCUUAUUUCAGGAUGACCCGUGACGUUGCCCCUAGAAUUGGUUGUCAAAAGCCAUCACUAACUGAAUCCAGAUUUUUCCCUGCUCUUCAGGUGAACAAAUAUGCUUUCUCAGGUGGCCAAGACUCAGCGGAACUCCAAAGAGAGCUUGGAGCUAACCUUGAGGUGGAUGUCCCGAUUAAGUACCUGAACUUUUUCCUUGAAGACGACCAUGAUCUCGAGCAGAUAAAGAAGGGUUACGGGGAUGGAAGCCUGCUAACUGGUAAAGUGAAGAAUCUUCUUGGUGACGUUCUAUAUGAGGUGGUUAAAAGACAUACGAGAGCUAGAGCUCAAGUGACCGAGGAGAUGGUUGACGCCUUCAUGGCUGCGAGACCUCUUCCCAAUAUGUUUGGCUGA